AUGCUGAAGACCUUCCCAGAGAUCUUGGAGCCUGCGGAAACGUUUGUUCACAUUAACUUGACAAAAACAGCAAUUAAGGAACUGUCUUCAUCUGUGGAUUAUUUGGUUGGACUUCGAACCUUGUGCCUGAAGUUAUGCAGUGAUCUGGUGUCACUUCCAAAUAGCAUUGCUAAUCUAAACUAUCUAUCUGAGCCUGAUUGUUCUGGUUGUUGCAGUAUUGUGAACCUUCCAGGGAGCAUAGCUAAUCUCUCAAGCUUAAAACCACUUGAUUUAAGUGAUUGCAAAAGGCUUGAAUGUAUCCCACAACUUCCAUCAUCUCUAAACCAGUUGUUGGCGUAUGACUGCCCGUCCGUUAGAAAAAUAAUUCCAAAUUCAAGGUUGGAACUCCCAUCAAAUUCCGAUAAGGACAACUUCAUAUUUCAUUUCACCAAUAGUCAAGAACUAGAUGAAACUGCUUGCAGUAAUAUUGGGGCUGAAACAUGGCUUAGGAUCACCAAGGAUGCAUACAGAUCUGUGUUCUUUUGUUUUCCUGGGAGUGCAAUUCCUGGUUGGUUUCCUUAUCGUUGUACAGGAGUUUGGUAG